AGCACCGCAGCAGCAGCGCUCCACGCCAGAUCGGGAGGAAUGCGAACGGGGGAGACGCGGCCAGACGACUCUCGGCACCGACCAUGUGGAUGAGAAGAGACAGGCAGCUGAUGGCCGUCACCCUGGCCACUGUCUUCGCGGCCGAUGUCUACUUUGUGCUCUUACCCAGGCUGCGGGAGAGAUACGCCUUGGACGCGCAGGGAUGCCCGUGCCUGGAAGUGACUGGAGGCAACAGCAGCCGUGCCGACGUUCCCGCGACCCCAUGGCUGUCCAACGCCUCCAUGCCGCCGGCCAACAUGCCGGAAGCACUGGGGGUCACGUCCAUCUCCUCGGAGACCGGAGGCGAGGAACGGGCACCCAAGCUGGAGAGGCUUUUCACCCAUCCUCUCUACAACUUUCAAAGCCCUAAUCUUGGAGAAGAAGGUGUCCUGCUGCAGCCAGAGGAGCUAAUGAGCCACUACAGGAGGAAGGUGUCUCGCUGGGAAAGACAUCAGAGAUACUACAAUGAAGCUGCCGCAGCCUCCAACAUCUCUUUACUCAGACAUGAGGUUACAUUUGACCCAGAAGCUAGCUGGCUCAAGUUCCAUUUGGGGAUUAACCGCUAUGCCCUGUAUGCCCGUGAUGAACCCAGCAUUGACCAGCUGCUCCAGGACAUGCACAGUGCUGCUAUAAUUGGUGCAGAUUACACACAGGAUGAGAAAGCUCUCAGAGGAGUAUGUGACUGCUCGCAAGUGGUGAAGCCAAGUGGUCACCAUCUGAAGCUGGCCUUGAAACUGCAGGACUUUGGCAAGGCCAUGUUUAAGCCAAUGAGGCAAGCGAGGGAGCAGGAAACACCCGAAGACUUCUUUUAUUUUGUUGACUUGCAGAGACACAAUGCUGAAAUAGCCGCCUUCCACCUGGACAGAAUAUUAGAUUUUCGGAGAGUGCCCCCUGUGGCUGGGAGGUUGAUCAACGUCACCAAGGAAAUCCUGUACACUACACACAAUGAAGAAUUGAAAAGUGUCUUCUUCACCUCUCCAGCGAACAACACAUGUUUCUUCGCCAAGUGUUUGUACAUGUGCAAGACAGAAUACGCGGUGUGUGGGAGCCCCGACGCUCUGGAGGGCUCCAUGUCGGCCUACUUGCCUAGCCUAAGCAUCGCCCCGCGCCUCGCCAUCCCAAACCCGUGGACUCGCUCCUAUACUUUCACUGGGAAAGAAGAAUGGGAAGUAAAUCCAUUCUUCUGUGACUCUAUUAAGCAGCUCUAUCCAUACAACUCUGGGAACAGACUACUUAAUAUCAUAGAUAUGGCUAUAUUUGACUUCCUCAUAGGAAAUAUGGACCGACACCACUAUGAAAUCUUCACCAAGUUCGGAGAUGACAGCUUACUUCUCCACAUUGACAACGCCAGGGGGUUUGGGAAACAUUCCCACGACGAAAUGUCAAUACUGGCCCCACUGACGCAGUGCUGCAUAAUCAAAAGGUCGACCCUGCAGCGUCUGAGGCUGCUGUCCGAGGACGACUACCGGCUCAGCGAUGUCAUGAGGGAGUCUUUGGGCCGGGAUGCCUUGCUGUCCAUCCUCACGGAGCCGCACCUGCAGGCCCUGGAUCGGCGACUGCGGCGCAUCCUCCAAGCCGUACGGACCUGCAUCAGGAAGCUGGGCGAGACGCAGGUGGUGGCUGUCGACUUUGUGGAGUCGCACGGGGGGACCGUCACCCCCAGUGACAUGAGGUAGCACAGGGAUCCUGCAGAGGGGGUGACGUGAUCCCUGACAGAGAGAAGGUGUACGAAGCACUGGAUAACUUAAGACAUUGACUCUUAUGCACACUUUUUCCUCACAAGCUGAUCUGCUAAUGCUCCUCUUACUAAUUCACUCGAUAAGGAAAAUAAACAUGCAUUUUAUUUACUGGACAUAUCUUUACGAAGUCUGUGGUUGCCUGGGGUGUGCAUCCCUAUCAUUUGUAUAUGAAAGUGUGUAAAAAUUUACCGAAUUUAUGAAAAAGUAAAUUAUUUUUCCCAGAAUGUGGAGUGAAAAAUAGAAUAUAUUUUUUUCAUUUUUUUUGCAACAAGCUUUUGUCAGUAGUAACUUAUAUUUCAACUGAGAGAGAGAAUUGACCCGAGGCUCCUGAAGACCAGGAAAUCGCACUCCUUUUCCAUUUCGAAAUGUAAAGUGAAAAUCUUACAGGUUUUGAGUCAACAGUGCUGUUUCAUUAUUUGUUCUUAAAGGAAUUGUCUUUUACAGUCUUUACGUGUUAAUCUCAGACGUUUACAUGUAUGUUAACCUUGGACAUUUACACGUAUGUUAACCUCCCAUCGCCCAAAUGUGUCGGCAUUCUAGAAAAGGUAGGCUACUGAGCGACAUGGCUGAUGGAAAAUUAGUAAAAAUAAGACAAAAGCUGCAUUUAUUAUAAAAGCUAAGAAGUGUUAUUUUCUAAAAUAUCUGGAACCUAAAAACGUCAUUUAGUUUAAUUGACAUCUCUGUAUUACUCAUGGUGUGUGAUUAUGUGUUUGUAUGCGACCUGUAACGUUCUGGUAUCCAGUUCUGGGUGUACCCUGCCCUGUUUGUACUGGACUUGCUGCAGCCCAGCAUUGGAUAAACAGUUGUAGAAAAUCGAUCAAUGGAUGGAUGACAGAGAGCAAAUUCAUAGCGCUUUUCCUCCAACAAAGAAUUGGUUCCUUUCUGGUUGGCAAACCAGUUCAGUUUGGAACCAGAUGCCCAACCAGGAACCAGAUGGCAUUUCCACCAAUUUACAUUGAGUUUACAUUGACCUCUGUGCAGAGGUGUAAAGUUCAUGUAUUCAUACUUCGUCACUAUACUUAUACUUUUUUUGAAUUUGUAUAACACUUGAGUAUUUUAAGUUGUUGCAACUUUUACUUUCACUUCACUACAUUUCUGAGCCAAAAACUUUUUACUUGAGUAUAGGGCUGCAAAAGUAAAAUGUGAAUCAAGAUUUUUUUUUCACAGAAUAGAGAUUGCUAUUUUCUUUCAACAAUAUAUUUCUCUUUUUAUUAUUAUUAUUAUUAUUAGUAGUAGUAUUAUAUUUAGCAUUGAGAUAUGCAGACAUGCACAGUAUUUUCGUUAACAUACUGAUAUUGCCGGCCGAUGUUUAGGCCCAAAGUCUAUCAGUAUUCAAAGUUCGCAGCACCAGAACUAAAGACACAACCACUGAAAUAAUGGAGAUGAUUACACGGGGCGAUUUUCCAUAGUGGACGACGAGGGAUAUUGUCGGGUUAGUGAGAGGUCUCAAACUACCAGCCUGUGACAUGUUUAUAAUCCAUUAUCAGGGUUAAGGCUAUUACUCUAAUCAUUUACUUGAGUAACAGUUUGGUGUGGUGUGUGUACUUUUACUAAAGUAAGAAAGGUGAGUAAAUUUUCCACCACUGCCUCUAUGUGUUGCUCCUGUAGAUCAAAUGGUACACGGCCACUCAUGAUGUCAUCAAGGUUCCUGUUUAGGAUCUAUUUCUUGGUUCUCAACAGAAACCUGGUUUUAUUUUGGGGGAAACGUGCAGAACCAUUCAAAAAUAGGUUUGCGAACUGGAACGGAACCGGUUCUCUAUUGGUGGAAAAGCACUAUCAGAGAGUUCCAAUUGAAUAGAAAAUUGCCAUUAGCGUGUGCAAUGAAAGCUCAGAACUACAUUCCUAAGUGUGUGUGUAUAUACAUACAUACACAAACACAACUCUUCUGAGCCUCUUAUUGGUUCACAUAACUUAGUAAGAUAUGUCUGAGGGGAUAUAAGUGAUAUUCCAUCUGUAGGAAAGUGUCACCAAUAAAACAAUCUGCAGCCUGAAA